UAUAAUAAAUCACAAAUAAAUUGCACUUGCGAUAUAUUAAAUGGCAAUGACAUUGGACUUGCGAUUUAAUAAAUCGCAAAAACAAUGCACUUGUGAUUUAAUAAAUGACAAUGCAAUUGCACUUGUCAUUUAAUAAAUUGCAACAAUUUUGAUGCCUGCAAGUCAAAAUACAAAUUAAAUUGCAUUAGAAACAUAAAUGUUUUGUGUGUUUAAUUUUUUUACAAACGGCGCCUCAUAAAAAUUUGCUUUGAGUCAAUGAAAUAAAUGAAACAACCUGCGAUAGUUUUCCGACGAAGCGACGAACGCACCGAACGUUAUUUUUCGUAAUCGUUCGUAAGUCCAAGAGUCCAACUAUCUCUCAGAGAUACAUAAAAACAGAAUGAGUCUCUCAGAAAAUUCCGAUGCUUAUUCUAAAGUAAAGAAGGUUUGCGCUUGCACAACUCAAAAAGAAUUAACUCGAUUGUAUUCAGAAUGGAGCAAUUCAUAUGACGAGGAUGUCAAGUCAUUGGAAUAUAUCGGACCAUUAGUGGCAGCCAAGCAACUUGAUGAAAAACUGAAAGAGCUAAACUUGAAUAAUGAUGUUAGAAUUCUGGAUCUUGGUUGUGGUACAGGUUUAGUUGGAGAACAGCUAUAUAAUAUGGGGUACAAGAAUAUUGAUGGCAUUGAUUUCAGUGAUGAGCUACUGAAGGUUGCUGAGAGUAAAAAAGUUUAUAGAUACCUUCGUAAAGGAAAAAUAGCUUCUGCUGACUGUCGAGAACUCGGAGUUAUUGCCGAUCAGUACGAUGCAGCAAUUUGCGUGGGCGUGUUCACUGCUGGUCACGUGAAAGGAGAAGGGUUUAAUGAUCUUGUGCACGUUGUUAAAUCUGGCGGUCUAGUAUGUUUCUCAGUUAAUGCCCCUGUCCUAGAUGAUCCUCAAUCUGGUUACACAGAAAAAAUAGACGAGCUAACUAACGCAAACAAGUGGAAGCUUGUGUCUAAAUACCUCGAAACAAAGUAUUUUCGUGAAGGCAAAGGCUGGUUUUUCGUAUUUGAAAUAUUAUAAUUGAUUAUACUUAAUGUUUUAGUGGAAAACAUUUUUGAAUUUUUUAUUAUUAUUAUUAUUAUUAUUAUUAUUAUUAUUAUUAUUAUUAUUAUUAUUACAAUUAUUUUUAUAAAUUCUGCCCGAAAAAUAAAUAAAUAUUUUAUACAAGUGAAGGCAAGAUAGCCCAGAAGAAACCAAUGGGCUUAAAAUCUAAGAAAAUUAAUUACGCCUCCCUCCGAAAACAAAAAGACAACAUAAAAAGGGACCUACUUAGUUCGUUUGUAAGAAAGGAAUUGCCUUUAAUAAUAUUUAGACCGAAAUGGUGGAAAACUAGUUUGUCACCAUGAAGAAUUCAUUUUGUGUUAUCGUGUAUCGGAAAAAAUAAAACAGUUUAAUUGUCCAGGAAACUAUUAUUUCAGCAAAAGUUCGCAAAUAAAGUUCGUCUGGUUUAUUUAAAAGUAAAAACAAUCAAAAAAUCAAUGUCGAAAACUAGAAGAGCGGUAUGUGGCAAAAAACCACAAUUUUAACCGCUUGCUCAAGGAAAGUGAAAUGUUUAUAAUUUGAUUUAAUUUGAUGAGGCGAAAGUUUAAACUCUGUUGGGCUUUGGUGCUAGUAUACCUUGUUCUACCUGUCAUUCUCGAGCUUACUAUCAACUUUUGAAUAGACUUCAACUGCAACUAUUUGGACUUUUUUGAUAUCUUUGGCAAUUAAUGAACAACCCACUCCUGUUUUUGUGUUUUGAAUUUGCAUGGCAUUGCAGAGUUUCCUUCGUGCUCUUUUCAAUCUGGCAUAAGAUGCACCCUUCACAAUUCAUCUAAAUAUAAUUUAAUAAUUCAUCUAAAUAUAACUAAAUCAAACUAAAUACAAUGUGAGCGCAUAUUCUAACGACUCCUGAAAUUUACCUUUAUUGCUCUUGAUGUUUUUUUUUGAGUUGUAAUAUUGCUCGUGCUGUUUGCCUUCGCGUUUGUCUUAACAUUUUGCGUAUUUCACUCAUUUUAUUGGCUUCGUUAUUGGUUUCUUCUUUGGUUUUAAUCCCAAGUGUCUUGCAUUUGUUAUUCUUCGUUUUCACUGUGUUA